CAGGCCCUUUCGUCCCUCAGUUCUACAGUAUGAACCGGCCUCAGCCUCGGCAGCAGGCUCAACAGGUGGGGGGGUCUCUGCCGUACCGCCGCCCCCCCUCUGUGACCGGUCAGCCGAUCUCUACAGAGAACCAGGUCAACGGUGGUCCCUACUACAACCAAAGCCCAGCCUCCCCCCCGCCCCCCUCGCUCCUCCAGUUCACUCCUCAGCUCCCUCUGAUGGGUUUCGUCGCUCGAGUUCAGGAGUCCAUCUCAGACGCCCCUCCUCCCCCUCACCCGGCCGCAGAGAACCAAUCGGGUCCAGAGGAGCCCCCGUCUACUCCGCAGCCAUUGGAGGAUGAACAUGAGGAGGAGGACUCGGCAGUGGUGGAGUACAACGACCCGUAUGCUGAAGAAGACCCACCGUGGGCCCCCAGAAACUACCUGGAGAAAGUGGUGGCCAUCUACGACUACACAGCCGACAAGGAGGACGAGCUGUCGUUCCAGGAAGGAGCGAUCAUCUACGUGAUCAAGAAGAACGAGGACGGGUGGUUUGAAGGAGUGAUGAGCGCGACCACCGGCCUCUUCCCCGGAAACUACGUGGAGUCCAUCAUGCACUACGCCGACUGAGGAAACAGAAGUUUUUAUUUUCUUUGUGUGUCCAGUCGCUCCUCUUCCGUCUGCGGACGGGCGUCGCCUCGCUCGUUUGGGUCCAGUUCAGUUUCUCGGAUCUGAACCAGAAGGGAAAAGACGACCCGGUUCCACUUUUUGUUUUUGGUUCCUUUUAGAUUCACGCUAACCAAUCACAAGCCAGUCAGAGCGUGGGAACAAAAAAACACUAACAUUUUAUUUGAUGGAGAUUCUCCUCCUGACUGAGCUACAUCCGUCUCUUUCUACCCAUAAGGCCUUGCACUUAGGGGUUCUCCAAUAAGUAUUAAUACGUUUGUCUUCAUGUUGUUAUUCGGUGCAGCCAAAGUUUGACGGUCAGGGAGGACGUGAGUUUUCUUCUGAUCACAUGAAAAGUAUUUGAAGAUCCCGACGUAACAAGUUUGUUUUCCUGAAACCUUCCUCAGCUACAUAAAGAAAUCUCACUCCCUCUUCAUGAGGACUGUAUUUAACUACAAAUUAGAGAUACUUGAGUAUUUUCUACUCCGCCACAUCUCAGAGGGACAGAAAUGUUCAGCAGGUGGUUAGAAAAUAUCUGCGCCUGUCUGGCUAAGACAGGACGCAGUGAGUGUUUAAGAAGUUUAACUUCUCAUUGUGAAAUUACUUUUGUCGCCUCGUCUUCAGCACUUUAUUUGGUGCAAUUGUAGAAUAGAAAUUUAAUGCUAGCAGGAAAACAAAUCUUGUUAUGUUCAGGUCAUGAUUUAAUUUUUUUUUUGUGAUCAGAAGAAUAGAAGAUAACUGAUAUUGUACACUACAGCGUGUCCUCUGUGGGCUUCCGUAGUUGGUUCUGCCCCCCCUCCCUCGUCCCGACCCUCCCACAGAGCACACUCGCAGCCAAGACUUGAGAUUAUUUGUAUGAAGGAACUGUCACAUGACAUAUUUUGGGAUCCGAUCCCAGAGUGAACAGACAGAAUGAAAGGAAGCUAAAGCCGCUUUUGCACUAAACACUAAAUCUCCUCUCUUGAAGCUCACCUCUCUGUCGGGAGCUUUUACAGACCAGCUAAGUUUUAGUACCAGAAGCUAAGCUCCGUAAACACGCCCAGCCCUCCAAAUCUCUCUGAGAGAGAAUCUGACAUUAUUUCUGGACAGAAGAGAGUUCAGGGUUCAAACACUUCGAACUGGCCCAAAAGUCUCAGAGAUGCAUUUUCUAAUCCUGCUUUUAGGACAAAGAGCAUUCAGUUUUAUUUAACCAGCUUUACAAACAGAGCAGGUCCAGACUGAACUCUUCCACUUUUUAAAUAAUCCUCGUCCUCCUCGUCCUCACCUGCUUUUGUUUCACUGAUAAAAUAAAUCAAUGUGUUUGUGUCCGUCCGUUAGUGUUCCACAGGACACAGCACAGCUGGCCUGAAACACGUCUGCUGCUCAGUGAAGAAGAUUUAGAUUUCAUCACCUUUGAAGGACAGUUCAGGUUUUUCAACCGGCCCUCGUUCUUAUUUUUUGUAGCUGCAUCACGUUUGAAACUAUUCAUGCACCUGAAAUUUAACAGUCUAAAAGUUUGGACGAGGAAUCAAAGAUAAGCGAUUUUUAAAAAAAGGUUCCCUGUGGAGAAGUUUUCACGCACACAUGCAUGUGAUGCGUUCACAUUCCCGCCAGUGGUUUCACAGUAUUCCUCUGAUCUACAGGCAGCGGUAACACGCCAGGGCAUGACUCAGCAGGACGAUGAGGAUGCAUCGUGAAACGUCGUGUUAGCAUUUCAACAUGGGGGCGACGAUGUGGCUGCAACUAACAGAAUUUAAAAAAUUACAAAUCACGUUUCUUGUGCUCACAGAGUCUCUGUUGAAAACACUCCCACACUUCAGAUGAUGUGCGCGAGGUUUCACUGCUUUAACCUGGUGCAGGACUUCACUGCGACGCGCAACCUUAUGCAAAUCAUCGUAUUUUGGUAAUCGAUGAGUCGCCCCAGACCUGCAGCUAACUAACACGGAGGGAGCCUAACAAUGCAGAUUUCAAAAUACAAAUGGGCUUUGCAGAUGUUUCAUGAGGACGGAAAUGCAUUUAGCACUUUUGUUAGACCUCAGCACAGGUGCAGCUCCAAGUGUUGGGACUCUAGAUACGGUAAAGUCCGUCAGCCCUCCAGUCGGUGUCGCAUAGAUUGUGAUGACAUGCGGUUCGGACCUUCAUGCCCCCCUCAGGAUGAAGCGUAUUAACGUUGGUGAUCGUUUCCUAACACACUAACACAAGAUGGUGAACAUUUAAAAACUGAGACCAUAAAUACUGACGUGUAACUAAAACACAUUAUUAGGCUCAGAUCAGGUUGAGGUCUUCCUCUGGACAGCCAGGGAGCAGUUCACACCAGACUCCCCCCGUAAACUGAAGCGUUUAACGUGAGCUCCCCUGCCCUGUCUCAUCCCGGACCCCUUUGUGGUUUUGCUGCCUCGUUGUGUCCCGUUAGUGAAGUGGAUCCGACCAAACCGCCCCGGUGGAGAUUUUGGACCUGUCGCCCGUUCUGAAGUUGACGGUGUGUUUUACCUGCAUGCCUGAUUAUAUAACGAUGUUUUCUAUUUUUUUUCUUCUUCUAUAGUUUCACCAACUUGCUUGAUUCUGUUUGAUCAGCUGGAGGUCGUGACGUUCGUGGUCGGUGCUUUAUUCCUGUGUGUUUGGACUCCAGACUGACUCUCAGAUGGUGGAUAUUCUUGUGCCAUAUAUCCAGGUGUGAAUGCAGGUGUGUGAGAAACCGUGUGAUCCAAACCCUUCCUUGUGGACUGACGUGACCGUGAGAACCGUGUUUUCUGGGUGUGUUAUUUAAAAGGCGUUUUACCACGAAAACCAGAGUGUGCCAAAUUAAUAGAGAGCCUAAGCCCCUCCCCUUCCUGUGGAGCACCGUGGGACCUUUUUUCAGUCACAUUUGAUCAGCGAUCCUUGAGAUCUGGAUCAAACGUGUGACGCUGUGGUUUCUGGCGUGCUGGCUCCUAAACAUUUAGGCGCGCUCUGGUUUUUGUUUGCCUGCAGUAUCCCUUUAAAUGGCGUCGAGUGAGAUGAUCUGUGAAAUGUUUCAGACGGCUUCUCCAGGCCGUUCUUUCUCCCUGCAGAUCUUUUAAACCUCUGACUUCAGACCCAGUCCAACAAAGUCUUAACAAAUCUGGUAUCAGCAAAGAGCCGUGCAGCAUUCAGGUGGUAAAAACAACGGAUACAUCAGAGCCUUCUGGGAAAACUUUGUCUUUUACUUCUUUGAAUGAAAAACAAGUCAUUUAUUUUGCUUGCACACGUUAAUAAGAGACGAAAACUCUCGUAGUUCUUGCUGUAAACCCUCCUCAGUGUCUUCCUGGUAGAACGUGACGCCUGGAGAAGCUUUCUGGUUUUCCAAAGUGAAAGCACAUCCCUGUUUUUGUAAGAAAGUAAAUGUUUUAACAGCC